CAAAGUGCAAAAUACAAAAUAGCUGGGGUUUUUUGGGCUCUACUUUUUAAAACUUACUUAUAAUGAAGUCGUAUAUUCUACUAUUUUUUCGUUGAUCUUCAAUACAUUGAUUUAGAUUUUGAAAUCUCUUUAAAUGCUUCCGCCCAGCCAAGGUCAAAAUACCGGCUCUCAUAGCUUUUUCUGUUCGCUGGCGCAGCUAGCUCUGUGCAGAUAUGAGGAAAUUAGUUGUGUACGCCAAGUGUUUGGGCUUGCUAAUAUUUUUUUGUUUGCAAGCAUUAAUUGGUAAAUUUAUGAUGCUUCUCUUUCCUGAAACCGUGAGGAAGGUGAUGCUGAAAUUUGGGUUGAAAACAUCCAUGACUCAAAAUCCAAAAUUCAAUUACGAAGACUGGGGUCCAACAUUUUUCAGUUUCAACACUGUGAAAACAGUGGUCCAAAAUCUAUUGACAAAUAUUGGAGAUGAAGCCUUCGAGGGCGUCUUUGCUCCCAAUACACGAGUUAUUGACUUCGACAACAAAGAACAUCGACUGCUUGAUUUCUCGAAGGAUAAUCGACCACUAGUGUUGAAUUUUGGAAGUUGCUCCUGACCCCCAUUUCUUUUCCAAUUUAAUGAGUUCAAAAAACUUGUCAAAGACUUCAAAUCUGUGGCUGAUUUUCUGAUUGUCUACAUUGAAGAAGCACAUGCUACAGAUGGCUGGGCAUUCAAGAACAAUGUGGAUAUUAAAAAACAUCAAACAUUAAAUGAUCGUAUCAGUGCAGCAAAGAUCUUGCUAAAAGAGGAGCCUCGCUGUCCAAUGGUAGUUGACUCUAUGGAUAAUAUGACUUGUGCUAAAUAUGGAGCCCUGCCAGAGAGACUAUACGUGGUGCUCAAUGGCAAAAUCAUUUACAAGGGCAACAUGGGACCUUCAGGAUACAAACCAGAAGAAGUACGAUUAAUUUUGCAAAACCUAAGUUAAACCAUGUGUUGGCAGAGUUUUCAGUACUGGUAUAAUCUACUGAGAAAGGUUUCUUUGACUUUUUCAAAUAAUCAAGCCUAAUUGUAAAUUCAUCUGAAUAGUUUUCAUUUCCAUCUUGAUAAUUUUCUCAGUUUGAAUUGCUGUGACUGGGAUAUGAUAGUUUGAAAAUGAGGAAAGGUAACUUUGGAUUUUAUGUUUUAAUAUAAAUUGUACUAAUUUUCUAAAAGUUUAAACUGAAAAUUUUCAGUUAAAGCUGGUGGUGGGAUAUGCUUGAUAAAUUACUGCUUUCUGAAACAUUCAAUCUGACAAUACUAACAAAUGAAAAAAACAGAUUCCUGAAAAUGAAUUUUAUUUGUAUCCCUGCAUCCCCAAUGCUACCUCUUACCACAUAAUUCACCACCAUUUUCUCUUUAACUAAAGUGGACAACUUCAGAAUUAUGAAUGUUGCAUGCAUCUGCCAAUUCUUUGUGCACUUGUUCAAACUCUAAAUCACCUCGAGCCUCUUUGCAAUUCACAAUUUUGUCCCUCCUCUAAAUCAUUGAUAUAUUGUGGAGCUAAGGCCCAGAUACUGAUCAUGGUGCUAUUUAUAAUUAUUAUUGCCAGUCAUUUUAUUCCAAUUGUGACAUUUGUCAACCAAUUUUUGAUCAUGCCAUUAUUCCAAUAAUUAUGCUCUUUAAUUUUACAUUCUAACCUUUGCCUUCAAAAAUGAUCUGAAAAUUAAUGUACAGCACAUCCAUUGGCUUUCCACUAUUUUUACUUUUUAUUUUUAAACAAGUUUGCAGUGUAAUCUAGUACAUUAGUCAGAUGAUUUCCUUUCCAGAAAUCCAUGCCAACUUUGUCUAAUUGCAUUCAUAUUUUAAGUGCCCAUUAUCUCAUCCUUCUAGCAUUUUACCCAUUUCUCAUGUUAACAAAUCUUAUUUUCCUGUUUCUUUUCCAUCCAUUUUUCAAAUUUAUAGAAUUUAAAAACCCAAUCAUAACGAUUAUUCAGCUUCACUUCGCAUUUAAGGAAUUUGGAAUGUCAGCCACAAGAGGUGUAAUGAUUUUAGCUAUGUUAUUUAUGAAGAUUGCUGCCAAAAUUAAGGCUGCAGUCUAAUGUUGUGAAAUAUGGCUAAGAACAUUUAAAUCUGUGGAUGAAGUUUUUUUAUUCUGAACUAUUAAACAAUUACUCCACACACACUUUGCAUAUAUA